AUGGAAGCGGCGCCCGACAGGGCUUCGGAGCUGGACAGGGCGCAGGACAUGGAAGCGGCGCCGGACAGGGAAGCGGCGCGGGACAUGGCUUCGGAGCUGGCCAGGGAAGCGGAGUGGGACAGGGCUUCGGAGCUGGGCAGGGAAGCGGAGCGGGACAGGGCUUCGGAGCUGGACAGGGAAGAGGAGUGGGACAGGGCUUCGGAGCUGGGAAGAGGAGUGGGACAGGGCUUCGGAGCUGGCCAGGAAAGCGGAGUGGUACAGGGCUUCGGAGCUGGCCAGGGAAGCGGAGUGGGACAGGGCUUCGGAGCAGGCCAAGGAAACGGAGUGGGACAGGGCUUCGGAGCAGGCCAGGGAAGCGGAGUGGGACAGGGCUUCGGAGCUGGCCAGGGAAGCGGCGCUGCUGGACAGGGCGCGGGACAUGGAAGCGGCGCCCAACAGGGCUUCGGAGCUGGACAGGGCGCGGGACAUGGAAGCGGCGCCGGACAGGGAAGCGGCGCGGGACAGGGCUUCGGAGCUGGGCAGGGAAGCGGAGUGGGACAGGGCUUCGGAGCUGGGCAGGGAAGCGGAGUGGGACAGGGCUUCGGAGCUGGGCAGGGAAGCGGAGUGGGACAGGGCUUCGGAGCGGGCCAGGGAAGCGGAGUGGGACAGGGCUUCGGAGCGGGCCAGGGAAGCGGAGUGGGACUGGGCUUCGGAGCUGGCGAGGGAAGCGGAGUGGGACAGGGCUUCGGAGCUGGCCAGGGAAGCGGAGCGGGACAGAGAAGUGGAGUGGGACAGGGCUUCGGAGCUGGCCAGGAAAGCGGAGUGGGACAGGGCUUCGGAGCUGGCCAGGGAAGCGGAGGCGCUGGACAGGGAAGCGGCUCUGGACAGGGAAGGGGCGCGGGACAGGGAAGCGGCGUGGGACAGGGCUUCGGAGCUGGCCAGGGAAGCGGCGCUGGACAUGGCGCGGGACAGGGAAGCGGAGUGGGACAGGGCGCGGGCCAGGGAAGCGGCUCUGGACAGGGCUUUGGCGCUGGCCAGGGAAGCGGCUAUGGACAGGGCGCGGGCCAGGGCUUCGGAGCUGGCCAGGGAAGCGGAUCUGGACAGGGCUUCGGAGCUGGCCAUGGAAGCGGCUAUGGACAGGGCGCGGGCCAGGGAAGCGGAGCUGGUCAGGGAAGCGGAGUGGGACAGGGCUUCGGAGCUGGACAGGGCGCGGGACAUGGAAGCGGCGCCCAACAGGGCUUCGGAGCUGGACAGGGCGCGGGACAUGGAAGCGGCGCCGGACAGGGAAGCGGCGCGGGACAGGGCUUCGGAGCUGGGCAGGGAAGCGGAGUGGGACAGGGCUUCGGAGCUGGGCAGGGAAGCGGAGUGGGACAGGGCUUCGGAGCUGGGCAGGGAAGCGGAGUGGGACAGGGCUUCGGAGCGGGCCAGGGAAGCGGAGUGGGACAGGGCUUCGGAGCGGGCCAGGGAAGCGGAGUGGGACUGGGCUUCGGAGCUGGGAAGCAGAGCGGGACAGAGAAGUGGAGUGGGACAGGGCUUCGGAGCUGGCCAGGGCGCGGAGCGGGACAGGGAAGCGGAGUGGGACAGGGCUUCGGCGCUGGCCAGGGAAGCGGCGCUGGCCAGGGAAGCGGCGCGGGAAAGGGCUUCGGAGCUGGCCAGGGAAGCGGCGCGGGAAAGGGCUUCGGAGCUGGCCAGGGAAGCGGCGCGGGACAGGGAAGCGGAGUGGGACAGGGCUUCGGCGUUGGCCAGGGAAGUGGUUAUGGACAGGGCGCGGGCCAGGGAAGCGGCGCGGGCCAGGGCUUCGGAGCUGGACAGGGAAGCGGAGAGGGACAGGGUUUCGGAGCGGGCCAGGGAAGCGGAGUGGGACAGGGCUUCGGAGCUGGCCAGGGAAGCGGCGCUGGCCAGGGCGCGGGACAGGGCUUCGGCGCGGGACAGGGCUUCGGAGCUGGCCAGGGAAGCGGCGCGGGAAAGGGCUUCGGAGCUGGCCAGGGAAGCGGCGCGGGAAAGGGCUUCGGAGCUGGCCAGGGAAGUGGCGCAGGACAGGGAAGAGGAGUGGGACAGGUCUUCGGCGCUGGCCAGGGAAGUGGUUAUGGACAGGGUGCGGGCCAGGGCUUUGGAGCGGGCCAGGGCUUUGGAGCGGGCCAGGGCUUUGGAGCGGGCCAGGGCUUUGGAGCGGGACAGGGCUUUGGAGCGGGACAGGGACGCGGAGUGGGCCAGGACUUCGGAGCGGGCCAGGGAAGCGGAGUGGGACAGGGCUUCGGAGCUGGCCAGGGAAACGGCACUGGCAAGGGCGCUGGACAGGGAAGCGGCGUGGGACAGGGAAGCGGCGUGGGACAGGGCGCGGGCCAGGGAAGCGGAGUUGGACAGGGCUUCGGAGCUGGCCAGGGAAGCGGCGCUGGAUAUGGCGCGGGACAGGGAAGCGGAGUGUGACAGGGAAGCGGCUAUGGACAGGGCGUGGGGCAGGGAAGCGGCGUGGGGCAGGGAAGCGGCGCUGGACAGGGAAGCGGCGCGGGGCAGGGCGCUGGACAGGGAAGCGGCGCGGGGCAGGGCGCUGGACAGGGAAGCGGCGCUGGCCAGGGCGCUGGACAGGGAAGCGGCGCUGGCCAGGGUGCUGGACAGGGAAGCGGCGCGGGACAGGGAAGCGGCGCGGGACAUGGAAGCGGCGCUGGAAAGGGAAGUGGCUAUGGGCAGGGCAGCGGACAGGGAAACAGAUGUGCCAUGUCCCAUGUGCGGCUCCAAGGAUUGACACCGUACACCUUACAGUUGGACUGCUCACCAGGGAGGUUGCGAAGGUGA